AUGGGCCAUUCCAUGGCGAUCCCGCACCAAGCUUUCGAGCUUCGAUGCACGCAUCACUUCUCCCUCCAAGGGCUCGUCCCUCAUUUGGUGUUUGGGAAAUCUUGUCAUCUUCCCGUGGAGCUUGAGCACAAAUCAUAUUGGGCGGUGAAGCAGUUAAAUGCCGACUACUAUAAGGCCGGAAAGGAGAGGCAAGCUUAUCUGAACUUGCUUGAUGAAUUUAGGAAUGAGGCAUUUGAGAACUCGGAAAUUUACAAGGAGCGCCUCAAGACGUACCAUGGCAAGAUGAUAGACAAGAGGGAGUUUUUCCCUGGAGAUUUGGUGAUACUGUUCAAUGCACGUCUAAAACUCUUCCCCGGAAAGCUCAAGUCAAGGUGGUCCGGCCCUUUCAAAGUCAAGACGGUAAUGAAGAAUGGAGCUUUGGAGCUCGAAGCUGAUGAUGAGCGAGUGUUCACGGCCAAUGGUCAGAAUGUGAAGAAGUUCCACUCUAUGGAGCAAAAGGAAGAGGUGUUCCGUCUCUCUUUGGAGGCGCAGUGA